GCAAUGGAAGGUGAGGCAAAGGAGAAGCUUUUGCAAAAGGCAACCAAUUCAGAGGAGAGUGUUGAUGAUGAGGAAGUGCCAUUGAGGAAAAGGGUAUGGAAGGAAAGCAAGAAGAUGUGGGUAGUGGCAGGCCCUGCCAUAUUCUCAAGGUUUUCAACAUUUGGUAUCACUGUUAUUAAUCAAGUCUUCAUUGGCCACAUUGGCUCCACUGAACUUGCUGCUUAUGCCCUUGUCAUGACUGUCCUAGUCAGAUUUGCUAAUGGUGUAUUGCUUGGCAUGGCAAGUGCAUUGGAAACUCUUUGUGGGCAAGCAUAUGGGGCAAAACAGUGUGACAUGCUUGGAGUGUAUCUACAAAGAUCAUGGAUAGUGUUGUUCUUGACUACAUUGCUGCUUCUUCCUAUUUACAUAUUUACCACCCCAAUUUUAGUGGCUCUAGGCCAAGAUGAACACAUUGCUCAAUUAGCAGGAAGUAUUUCUCUAUGGAGUAUAGGUGUCAUAUUUGCUUUCAUUGUUUCAUUUACCUGCCAAAUUUUCCUACAAUCUCAGAGCAAGAACAUGAUUAUUUCCUACCUAGCAGCAGUUACACUCUCUAUUCACCUUUUCAUGUCAUGGCUUUUGACCGUUAAGUACAAAUUUGGCCUCAAUGGUGCUAUGACAUCAACAAUCUUGGCAUAUUGGUUACCCAAUUUGGGGCAGCUCAUGUUUAUCAUCCAUAAAUGCCCUGAUACAUGGAAGGGCUUUUCAUUUUUGGCCUUCAAAGAUCUUUGGCCUGUUUUCAAGCUUUCUCUGUCCUCUGGGGCUAUGUUGUGUCUUGAGAUAUGGUACAACACAGUUUUGAUUCUUCUAACAGGGAACAUGAAACAUGCCGAGGUUUCUAUUGAUGCUCUGUCCAUAUGCCUCAACAUAUGUGGAUGGGAAUUGAUGAUAACCCUUGGUUUUUAUGCGGCAGCUAGUGUGAGGGUUUCAAAUGAGCUUGGAAGAGGGAGUUCAAAGGGUGCAAAAUUAUCGAUUGUGAUAACAGCUCUAACAUCAUUUGGCGUUGGGUUUGUGUUGUUUUGGGUGUUCCUAAUCCUGAGGGAAAGGCUUGCAUUUGUUUUCACUUCAAACCCUGAUGUGGCUGAUGCAGUUGGAGACUUGUCACCUUUGCUAGCAGUCUCAAUGCUAUUAAACAGUGUCCAACCUGUGCUUUCUGGAGUUGCUAUUGGAGCUGGAUGGCAAAGCAUUGUAGCAUAUGUAAACUUAGCAUGUUAUUACGUAGUUGGUGUUCCCGUUGGAGUAGUGAUUAGUAUCUUUUUGGGUUUGCAAGUAAAGGGUGUUUGGAUUGGGAUGCAGUUUGGAAUAUUUGCUCAAACCAUAAUACUUGUUAUCAUCACUUUCAAAACUGACUGGGACAAACAGGUAGAGAUAGCAAGAAAUCGCAUUAGUAAAUGGGCAGUGGUUGAGAGCCAAGAAGAAUAA